CCGGGGGCUGCCCCCCAAAUCAAGUAAGUAAUAAAAAAAUAUUUAACUAACUGACCAAUCGAGUCACAGAUCGCUUGGUACUGCUGAUUCUAGUUGCAGAACUUGAUUCAAAUAGCAACGUAGCAACCAAGUUGAGGACUGCUUCAGACUGGCAUCAUGGAAGAAUCUGCUAUCAAUUGUUUUAUGGGCUUCCAAUGCCGCAGUCUAUGUCAGGACAUCUGCCCAAGGUCUAGACAUUAGCAUUAACCUUUGAGAUGGAGGGAAAAGGGGGAGAAGUCUGCAUUCAGGGCCUGUAAGACAGAGUUGUUCCACCUGGCCGUUGGCUUAGAAUCAAUUUGAUUCCCUCCCCCCUUUCUUUUUUCCUUUCUUCUCCUGUGAUGAGGCUGCAUUUUAAUGUUUUAAUUGUUUUAAUGUUGUAUUUUAAUAUUGUUUUUUAAGUUGUAUUUCAAUCAACUUGUUUUUAUUAUUGGUUGUUAGCUGCCCUGAGCCUGGUCUUGGCUGGGGAGGGCGGGGUAUAAAUAAAUUUUAUUAUUAUUAUUAUUAUUAGGCAUGUACCAAUGAGUCAUAUCCCUGCUCAACCAUGAAACUCUAUGGUUGGUGUCUAGUGGACUCAGUAGAUUGUUGAGUGAUUCAGGAUAUGAACAUAGGAUCAUACUAGAUUAUACUAAAGGACUGUCUAAUUCAGCAUUCUGUUUCCCAUGGUAGCCACUCAGAUGUUUCCGGGAAACCCACAAGCAAUAGUGAAAUAGAUCUCCUCUCUGAAUCUGUCUAAUCCCCUUUUAAAGCUGUCUGAGGGCCUGUUUAUUGAGCAUUCAUCCAGAUUUGCUUGCAGGAAGGUUAGGCAGCAUUAGGGAUGCCAUAUUUCAAAAAGUGAAAAUCCGGACAGAAAACUUACCAAGCUUUUAUGGGAAGUCGGCAAAAACGGCAUUGCCGACAUGGGCUGCCAUAUGCCUGGAUUUCCCCGAGCACUUUUCCUAUUUCUGCCUGGACACUGCUGCCGACUGCCGCAGUAUUCCGGAUAUGGCUGGGAAAUCCUGGACGUAUGGCAGCCCUAGAUAACAUUGGCUAUUUAGUAAGCAUUCAUCUUGAUUUGUUUGUGAGGAGGUUAGAUAAUGGUGCAUUGGGUGCUCUCCCACACAUUCUAGUGCAUGUUCCCAUCACUUUUCUUAUUGCAAAAUGAAAUAUACUCGGAGUCGAGAGCGGAUUUCAUACUCUUUAUUCAGCUCAUAGUGGUGAGGAGGAAUGGAAGUUCCCCCAGAAUGUCUGCUUUAUAUAAAUUAUUUACACAAUGGGCCCCAUGUGAUUGGCUAAUUCCGGGAUUCUCCUGUAGGCCAAUCAGGUUGCGGAUUCACUUCCACCUGGAGUUGGAUUGGGUGGCUCCUGUGGACCAAUCAGACUGCUGCUUUCUGGGUCCUAUUGUUCUAGGGCCAAUCAGACUGCUGCAUUCUGAAUCCUGUUGUUCUAGGACCAAUCAGACUGCUGCAUUCUGAAUCCUAUUCAACUCAGUACAUAACACAAAACAUACGAUAUUUGGGGGGAAGUGGGUUUGUUGCAAAGGACUUCUCAAUCGACUAUAUUUAUGCAACUGGAAUUUGCCAGUGUCUGAAUGAAUCCCACUAGGAAAUGGCUACUGUCCAAAAGCGCCAUCAAUUCAUCUUGGGGUAGCAAACUCCACCAUUUAAGGAUGAGGCUGCCUCUUGUACUUCUUGUACCCAGCAUGCACUGCUCUGAACUCCUUGCAGAAAGAAUUAGAUACAAAUGUGAUCUAUAUAAAUAAAAAUCAACAUUGGGGGGCGGUUUGGAGACACCCUGCAACUUUCCACCUCUGGCACUUAUUCCUGACAUCUCAACUUGAUUCAUGCUCUGACUGAUAGACCUCAGCAACAGAUUAUUAACUGCAAAACAAACAAGCAUAAAAGUUAAGACUGACCACAAUACAUGUAUUUUCAUUUUCAUUUUUUAAAAGCAGAUCUUGAUUGCAGUUGUUCUUUCCCCCCAGGUUGCUGCUCGAUACCUAAUCUGCUUUGCACCUUGAAGAUCAAGGCUAAAUGUAAAGGCUAAGUAGAUAGUGGCGGUACAAUCAAUAAUAGGUGCUAUAUCCUUGCAGGUACACGGGAUUUUCUGCACCUUUCCCUGUUCCUCGUGCAUUUGAUGUACAAUGCUAAAUUAGUUAAUAUAAAUCCAUUAGGAAUGCUUAGAGCAGUCAGGAAUGUACUCCUGAACAGAUAUUAAUUUUUACAGUAUUGCAAGAGUGGAGCAGCAGCUCCUAUUUGUAGUUCACAACAUGUGGACUGCUUGUAACAGACUAAACAAGUUCCUGAAACAGAACUCUCUUCUUAACUAAAAAGUCUGCAUUGCCAUUUCUUGAUCUGGACGCCUUGCUUUAUCUUGCUUUGAUUUGUUUAUAUCCCUGAUUUUGAAUAUUUCUGGAGUACCCUGGCUAUGUGAAAUUUAACAAAGAAGUGGCAAAAUUAAAUCCAAAUAUCUUCUGCUUCUGCAAGGGUGUCCACGACCUCUUGUGCAAGCUUGAGGAUGGCUGCAUGUUGCAGGAUUGUGUGAACGCUUGCACAAGCAUUUACAGCAGAUCUGCACCAGCAGAUAUUUAUUUUCCCUUACACUACUGCUUCUUCUGAUCCCAUUGCUUGUUUACCAUCUGGGGAGGAGCAGGGGUUCUUGUGAGCCAAAAGGUAAAACUGAAAUAGAGCAGGGGGAGCUAAUUUGGUGCCCCCCCCAUAUCAUGUUGUUGGACUACAUCUCCCAUCAGCCCUUACCACUAGCUAUGCUGAACAAGGCUGAUGGGAGUUGGAGUCCAACAUCGUCUGGCAGAUACCAUGUUGGCUACCCAUAAUACAGUGGUACCUCGGGUUACAUACGCUUCAGGUUACAUACGCUUCAGGUUGCAGACUCCACUAACCCAGAAAUAGUACCUCGGGUUAAGAACUUUGCUUCAGGAUGAGAACAGAAAUCGUGCUCCGGUGGCGCAGCGACAGCCAGAGGCCCCAUUAGCUAAAGUGGUGCUUCAGGUUAAGAACAGUUUCAGGUUAAGAACGGACCUCCGGAACAAAUUAGGUACUUAACCCAAGGUACCACUGUAUCUGCAACAAGGCUGGGGGUGUAGCUAAAGUGGUGCUUCGGGUUAAGAACAAUUCCAGGUUAAGAACGGACCUCCGGAACGAAUUAAGUACUUAACCCAAGGUACCAGUGUAUAGGGAAAUGAAACAAAUAAGUAAAAACUCGUGCUGUGGUGACGGUUCCAGUUUCCUGUUAGCUUCUGAGCCUUUGUUGCAGAAAAACAAAAUGAAAAAGCCUGUCCUGCACUUCUGUCAUCUGUCAAAAAUUGGUUUUGCUAUGUUUAUACGGUUUUCUCCAAAAGUCACUGGAAGGCAAUGCUAUACCCUCCAACGUUUUUCCAAUGAAAAUAGGGACAUCCCAUUCCAUUAUGAUAGUUUUACUGUUUAUACCUCACACACCUUACUGGGUUGCCCCAGCCGCUCUGGGUAGCUUCCAACAUACAUAAAAAACAUAACAAAACAUUAAACAUAAAAAAACCCCUUCCCUAUACAUGAUUGCUUUCACAUGGCUUGGGGGUCAGAUAACUCCAUACCCUCCAACAUUUCUCCAGUGAAAAUAGGGGCGUCCUAAGGAAAAGUGGGUGGUGCUGUGGUCUAACCACAGAGCCUAGGGCUUGUCGAUCAGAAGGUCGGUGGUUCGAAUCCCCGCGACGGGGUGAGCUCCCGUUGCUCGGUCCCCGCUCCUGCCAACCUAGCAGUUUGAAAGCACAUCAAAGUCCAAGUAGAUAAAUAGGUACCGCUGCGGCAGGAAGGUAAAUGGCAUUUCCGUGCGCUGCUCUGGUUUGCCAGAAGCGGCUUAGUCAUGCUGGCCACAUGACCCGGAAGCUGUAUGCCGGCUCCCUCGGCCAAUAAAGCAAGAUGAGCACCGCAACCCCAGAGUCAUCCACAACUGGACUUAAAAGCCAGGAGUCUGAUACGGUAAACGGGGGGGGGGUCCACCCUCCCACGUCCGAAACGAUGACCUCAAGAGCGCCCACUACACUCUGCACCCCUUCCCCAGCCUCUUCACUGUCGCACAAGCACCACACACAACCCUUUUCCCCUUUUCCACGGGCGAAAUAAGCCCAAAACUCCCAAGCCCCUAUCCCUUCUCUCGCUCCAUCUUUAUUAUGAGUCGACCGUGUCAAAAUACAUCCCCGUUUGUUCCAAUGGCCGCGUAUUGACCAAUCAGAUACGUGCAUCUGCUCUGCAGAACCAGCUCAGCGAGCCUCUGCACGCCUCAUUUAACCUCUUGACAAGCUGCUGACAGCUCCCCGCUGAGAGAACAAUGGAAUCGAAACUCGUAACCUCGUAAAACUGUCAAACCCUGUUACAAUGUAUCCAGUUUAGCUCGUAAAACUGUCAAAUGUAUCUAGUUUGUUUCCGUUUUCUAUUAUUAUUGUAAGAAUGGACGAAAUAGACUGAAAACUUCUUAAAUUCAUAUAAAAUCAACCCCUUCUCCGAUUUCCUUGGUUCUGGUGUCAAUCGACUCAGCCUUUCCAGGACUCCAUAAUCCCUCGAGCGAGGAGUCACGUACUCAGGAAGACCUUAAUCUGGUCAGAUCACCUCGCCCAGCCCUUCCUCCGGGCAAUACCAGGUGGCAGACUUUACAUAUUCGGACCAUUGUCUUCUCAUCACCGGUACUCAGGAAGUGCUUAUCUAUGCAUAUCUUCAGCUCUGCAUAUUCCCUCCUCCCUGUCCUCUAUGCUAAUCCGUGUAACCCAACCUCUCUGUGAUAUCACCCAUGUAACCCAACCUCUUUGUAAUGUAUUCAUGACGCGUUUCGCACUGUAUUAUGGGACAUGGAGGGAAGUUUCAAAAACUCCUGUCACCCCUUACUCGGGGUUCAAUUUCAUCUUGAACCUGUUGCGCAAUAAACUUGGAUUUCCUGGAACUUGCUCCCGUCUCCGGCUGAGCUCAUUUUCUCCCGCAGGGACCCGCGGACUCAGUCCGACGAGGCUGGGUGGCAGAGUAACCCCGCACCCAGAUUUUACCGUAACAGUUGGCGCCCAACGUGGGGCUGGCGGUUCUCCCGAACUGCUGACCGGGGGCCCCGAAAUCUUCAGCCGGCUCCGGGCCAUUUUGCCUGGGAAGAUCCUUUUGGACCUCCGGCCAUCUUCCGGGCGGUAAUCGAAAGCCCUAGGAGUUCAGCCGGGGAGCAAAGAGGGAUCCAGCCGGCUUAUUCAUCGAUCCCGGGAUCAUCGUAGAAGACGCGUGAGUAUAGGAAAAUCCAGUGCACUGGUGGGUAGGGGUGGAAGUCUCCUGGCAACUGAAUUCUCUGCCCUCCUCUCUAUCGUUCCUUCUCACCUUUCUCUUGGUCCGGUUAGCGAGAAAGACCGUGGACCACCGCUCGACCCGAAAGGGGGGUUCUGAGCUCUAUCUCUUUUCUGAACCCUCCAGCCAGCCGCACCAAUUGGGAGCCCGAAGUAAGACGGAGAGAACCGACUUCAAAAUAAGCCGACUCUCCGCAACGGGCAUCUCAGUUGAAAGCAAGGGGUUGGAGUUCUCUUUCCGAGCUUCCCGAGCGUCCUUCCUAGGAGGCAGGAAGUGGUCUAGCUUUUCUAUCCCAAUCCCAGCCGCACCGGUCGGACCACGUGCAUCGUGAGCCCGCUUCCGAAAGCAAGGGGGAUUUUCGAUUCGGAAACCUAUCCGGGGACCACCCGAUCUGGCACCGCACAGCGCGGGCGUCCAGUAGGGCUCCCUUUUCUGAGAUUGUAACGCUAGGUAGGAGGUUGCCAGGAGGGAUAGCUCAUGAGGAAUUGGGCGGGUUUGGCAGAGUGGAAAGGGACCCCUGAUUGUUAAUUAAGGACAAGGAGGAAAUUAGGAAAAGAGAACUAAAUAUUAAGAGCUCACUAAAUCGUUAAGAGGUUGCCAAGCAACGAGAAAGAUACCCAGGCCCCUAUAAACCCUUACCGACCCUAUAUCUCUCUCCCUUUUUCUACCCAGACACGCGUGAACCAUAAAAUGGGUACCCAGGCUUCCAAGCACGAGCGGGCUCACUCUGGGAGGAAGGCUUCUAGAAAGCCAUCCCGGUCCCAGAGGGACCCUGACUCUCCUCUCGAAUUUGUAAUCAUCCAUUGGAAGUCGAUUCCUGGCCACAAACUUCUAUCGAAGCAAAAACUAGAGAACCUCUGCACAGAAAUCUGGCCCGCCAACACCACUUCCGCCCGACCAGAAUUACGUUGGCCCAAGGGAGGUUCGUUUAACGAAGACCGACUGAAACACCUAAGGAGACACUUAAUGGAAGAAAAACCCCGCCAGUUAGAAUAUUUGGCAGCCUUCGAGACAGUUAAAGGAUUACUCCAAGUCUCGAAGGGAGCACCAUCGUAUCAGCUGCCCAUAUUAAAUCCCGGAAGGCAGCCUAUGCCCCCCCCUUACGAAGGACACUUCGCUGAUGAUACAGUAGAACAAGCCCUGGUUCCCUUCUACUAUGGGGAACCGACACCACCCAUCCCUAGCGAUAGCUCGGAUAGUGACGAAGAAACGGGGGAUGGAGGGGCACGAGGAAGUAAGAACCAGAGGCUCACGAGGUUACAAGCCAGAAAGAACAACCCCAUCGUAGAAACCCGUAGCCUUACAGAGCGCCCUAUAGAAGAAACCGAAGAAACCCCGGGAACUUCUGGACAGGAAAGUUCCACAGCGGUCCAGAUGCCCCUAAGGGCCCUACCGAUUCCGCCCAUCCAACCCGACGGGGCUCCCCGGAUGGUUUAUACGCACCAGCCCUUUUAUACUGCCGACCUAGUAACCUGGUCAAAUCAAAUGCCCUCUCUAAGGGAUGACCCAGAUAAAUGCCAUCGCCAGAUCAGCGCCAUCUUUUCCACUCACAACCCCACUUGGCCAGAUGUCCACGUUCUUUUAAACGCCCUAUUCAAUGAAGCUGAAAAGGCGGACAUUCUGACCAAAGCCGGAGAGGCCAUAGAGUCACCGGACUACCAGAGGGGACGUCCCGCGGCAUUAGCGGCCCUCUCAGCCCAGUGCCUGCGUAUAGAACCUACAUGGGACUACAAUACCACCAACGGGAUUUGGUGCUUAAAUCUAUUUAAAAGGGCUAUCUUAGACGGUGUAAAAGCCGCUGGACAGCGUACUGUCAACUGGACCAAGGUCCAAACUGUACUACAGGGACCAAAUGAACAUCCAUCGGAUUAUUACACUAGAUUGGUCUCCGCCAUCAAGACCUGGGGAGGGAUAGACCCGGAGAACCCCCAACAUGAAGUAAUCGUUAAGGGUUUCUUCAAAGACCAGGCCAGCCCAGAUAUAAGAAAAGCCCUGAAUCUCCAAAUAGGAUAUGAUGGGAAGAGCGUUAGCGAAAUCUUAUCCAUCGCCAAAUCAGUUUAUAACUCUCGGGAUGAAAGGAAACGAAAGGAAGCAAAACCUGAGACUGAACACAUCUUAGCGCUGAGCAUGGAGCCUAACUCCAGCCGGGGCAGAAGUUUUAACCGAGGAAGAGGGGCCGGGGAGGAGGACCCCCCGCUCCCCACAGACCAUGGGGACCCAACACCGGAGGAUGCUAUUACUGCCAAGAAGAGGGACACAUAAAGAGGUUUUGCCCCUACCUAAACACCACAACCUAUGGAGUACAAGGCUCUAAACCCUUUCCGGCUCAGACCAAUUAUCCUCCUUUCCCGAUGCGCCCACAUUCCAACAUGACCCAGGGAUAUGGCAACCAACAACCCACUAUGCAAGCACCUCCAAACCACCGACCUCAACCGGGCACACAGGUUCAAAUGCCCGCUAUGACUCCAGCCACUCAUUCUUGGGCAAAUGCCACCGCUCAUCCCUUACAACCCCAACCAGCCACCUCCUGAAGAUCAAGACACAUACUGACAAUUAAAGGGGAAUCUCAGUCCGGCCCAAGCCAUCUACCCUGUCCUAGCAUUAUCGCCAGAUGACCCUAUCUGCACGAUUGAGAUCGAUGGCCACCCCUAUCGAUGUUUAUUAGAUACGGGAGCUACGUAUUCGACCCUGACUAGCAGCCACCUAGAACCCGGGUCAGAAACCAAGAAAGUUAUGGGACUGGACGGGAUACCCCGCACUUGCCCUCUCUCACAACCGGCCAAAGUCACCCUCGGACCCUUAUUGGCGGAACACACCUUCCUCCUAACGAGCAGCCCAGUGAAUCUCCUUGGCAGAGACCUACUCUGCAAACUCAAUGCCACCAUAAAAUGUUCUGAAGAUGGCAUCUACCUGUACAUGCCCGAAGACUCUGUCCCUGCCUUUCAAGGCAUGGUAUUAGAGGAAAAAUUAGAUCGCCAGUUUCCCGAACUUCCCCCAGAACUAGAGAAUGAAUUACCUCCUUCACUGUGGGGCACGGAAUCAACUUCUGUAGGAUUGCUAUUAUCUGCCACCCCGGUAAGGAUUACCUAUAGAACUGAUCGGCCCUUCCCUUGCACCAAGCAAUACCCUCUACCCAAAGAAGCAAUCGACGGACUGACACCUAUGAUAGAAGAUUUCCUCAGCAAAGGGAUCCUUGUUCCCUGUGCGUCACCUUGUAACACCCCAGUGCUCCCCAUAAAGAAACCCUCCACAGAAGGAGCCCCAGUCCGGUACCGUUUUGUCCAAGACCUGAGACUGGUAAACCAAUUCGUAAUACCCCGCCACCCAGUCGUGGGCAACCCUAACUCCCUCUUAAAUGCCAUCCCGGCGGGAACAACCUGGUACUCUGCAGCGGAUCUAUGCUCCGCCUUCUUCAGUAUACCCUUGGACCCCGCCAGCCAAUUCCUUUUUGCAUUUACCUGGGGACCCAGCCAGCUAACUUGGACAAGGCUGCCCCAAGGCUACGUAGAAUCACCCGCGAUCUUUUCCGCCAUAUUACACCAGGACCUACAGGACGUGUGCCUGCCUGCUAACUCCGCCCUCCUUCUCUACGUAGAUGAUAUUUUAUUGUGCUCUACUAGUGAAGAGGCAUGCAAAUUAGACACUAAAUAUCUCCUCUCAGAACUAGCCCGGAAAGGACACAAGGUGUCCCCUAAGAAGUUACAAUAUUGUAAACAGGAAGUAAAAUACCUCGGGCACAUCCUAGGAGUGGGUACCCGAAGCCUAGCCACCGACAGAAUCGAGGCCGUUACCAGAAUUCCCUCCCUAAGACUAAGCGGCAAUUACGCGGCUUCCUUGGUAUGGCAGGCUUCUGCCGAGCAUGGAUUGCCGGCUAUAGCGAAAUAACGAAGCCUUUAACCGCUAUGACCCGCCAAGACCACCCAGAUACCCUGGUCUGGGAAGAGGAAGCUUAUAAAUCCUUCGAACGCUUAAAAAGAGAAUUAAGGUCCGCUCCUGCUUUAGGACUGCCAGACUACCGGACUCCUUUUAACCUGUUCAUCCAUGAACAAAUGGGAGUCGCCUCAGGGGUCCUAACCCAACCCUUCCGAGAUCAGGAAAGACCAGUAGCCUAUUACAGUCUACAACUAGACAACACCGCAAAGGGAGCAGUGAGUUGUUUAAGAGCUAUUGCCGCCACUGCGAUCCUCCUUGAGAAAGCCCAGGAAACAGUCUUGGGACAUGAAAUUACCAUCCAUGUUCCCCACUCGGUCUCCACCCUCUUAACCUUGAGAGGUUGUCAUCACUUCUCAAACUCUCGCCUAAACCGAUACGAAGCCCUUCUAUUAACCCCAUCUAACGUCACCAUCAAACGCGUCAAUUCCCUGAAUCCAGCUACCCUAUUACCCCUUCCUGAUGAUGGCACCCCACACCACGACUGCGCUACCAUAGUCCGCCAAGCCGAGAAACCGCGGGAGGAUCUAGACCACCUUCCCUUAGAAAACCCCGACCUCAUACUGUACACUGAUGGCAGCUCAAAGGUCAUCGAAGGGGAAAGGAAGACAGGGUACGCAGUCGUCUCUGACUUUGAAGUCCUGGAAUCCAACCCAAUUAACCCACAGUAUAGCGCCCAAGCCGCUGAAUUAAUUGCACUCAUACGUGCUUGUGAACUUGGCGAAGGGAAGAGAACCACCAUUUACACGGACAGUAAAUACUGCUUCGGGCUCGUACACACAACCGGUCAAAUUUGGCUUCAAAGGGGCUUCUUAACUGCAGCCGGCUCCCAAAUUUCACACGCCGCCCUAGUAGAGAGACUUCUUACAGCCAUUCACUUACCGAGUGCAAUAGCAGUAGUCCACUGUAAAGCACACACCAAAGGGAGGGACCCGGUCUCAAAGGGAAACAGACGGGCUGAUAAAGCUGCCCAAAUUGCUGCCCUUCGCCCCCCAAAUAAUGAGUCCGAAUUUCAAGCCUUACAAUUACCUACAGACAUAGACGCAACACAAAUAUAUGAUUCAGCCCCAGAGGAGGAAAAAUCAAAAUGGGAAUCCGUGGGCGCAACUGAACAGAAUGGUAUUUGGACCCUCCCCGAUGGCAGGACAGUCCUUCCAAGAGCCUGGGUUCCAAAAUUAGUGAGAAUCCUCCACCAACAGACUCACUGGGGAAAAUGGAGAUUAAUAGACCACGUUACGAGGUCCUGGUACGCCCCAGGGAUAGCCACCGCAGCUACAGCAGCCUCCAAGAACUGCAUUACCUGCCAUCACUUCAACCCCAAACGUGAGCCCAAAAGGAAACCACCAGGAGCUAGACCGUGGGCCUUUGUCCCCUUUGAGAGUUUACAGCUAGACUUUAUCGACUUACCCCAAUGCCAAGGCUUCAAGCAUGCCCUGAUUAUAAUAGAUCAAUUUUCCUCUUGGGUGGAGGGAUUCCCCUGUCGAAAGGCCACCGCAUCGGUAGUCGCUAGGGCCCUCCUUCAAGACAUCAUUCCUCGAUAUGGGAUACCCCGCCGCCUAGACAGUGACAGGGGAACUCACUUCACUGCAGAAGUGGUACAAUUGGUGGCCAAAGCCCUCCAAAUAAAGUGGGACCUUCAUACACCGUACCACCCACAGUCCUCUGGUCAAGUAGAACGUAUGAACCAGGAGAUAAAAAUGCAACUGGGAAAACUCUGUAGACUCUCGGGGCUGAAAUGGGUAAAUGCACUCCCACUGGUCCUUCAUAAUAUACGAAGUGCCCCAACAGGACCUUUGAAACUUUCCCCAUUCGAACUUCUAUUCGGGAGACCCCCUCCCGUAUACAACACCUUGUUUCCUCUCUCAGAACUGGACGUGGGGGAGGCGGAACUCACUAACUAUAUUAUUCAGCUUCAGACACAGCUACUACGCCUCCACCAGUACGCGGCUAUCGAGGGACAAAACCUGCCUAUUGACGUCCAUGCCCACUCUUUCCAUCCCGGCGACUGGAUCCUCGUUAAGGUCUAUCAGAAGGCGCCGCUCCAACCUGCGUGGGAAGGUCCUUACCAAGUACUACUGACCUCCCCGACUGCCGUGAAAGUGGGAGAGAAAAACGCGUGGCUACAUCACACGAGGUGCAAAACAUCCCCACCACCCCAAGAGACGCUAGAAAACCCCGAGGAGGACUACGCCUACGAGACCCCACCCCACUCGCCGGCUACCUACAUCGACGACGACGAGGAACAGACCGGACCGGAUCGGGGCCAAGAUCGGGCUCAACAGACCGGACCGGAUCGGGGCCAAGAUCGGGCUCAACAGACCGGACCAGAUCGGGGCCAAGAUCGGGCUCAACAGACCGGACCUGACCGAGGCCAAGUUCGGGCCCAACAGACCGGACCUGAUCAGAGCCAAGUUCCGACCCAACACGCCAGACCGGACGUUACAGCACCUAACUGGACGUCCGAGAUCGUCCCAGACUCCAACGCCAUCAAACUUCGCCUUAAGUGCCUUUGA